AUGUCGGAUUCGAAUUCACCGAAAACAGAUGCGAGUAGUCCAAGCCUUUCGGGAAACUUACGACAAUUUCGAUUCCAGAAGAAACAACUGAAACCGUUGAACAUGUCGGAUGAUGACAGUAAUUUGAUGGGAUCUAAGAUACAAUUUCGGCGUAAGGCAGUCAAUGUAAUUGAAGACAGUGACAGCGAUGCAGGGAGUCCUGUUAAAAAAAUAAGCUCUUUAGAUCAUACAGAUAAGGACAUAUCCAAUAACAUAAAUUGGAAUAGUGACGAAGGUGAUGAAGAUACUAGAAAUAGUAGGAAGAGGACUGCUAAAGAACCUUCUAGAACCAAUAAGAAAAAAAAACGAAAAUUGAAUAACGAAGAAGAUGUAGACAUCGAUUCAGAUGAAGCAACCUUUAAAGAUAAAGUGUUUGAUAGUGAUGAAGAUUCAGAUAUGGAAAUAUCUAAUGAGCUUACAGCUGAUAAGAAAGCAGUCUUAGAAUUUAUGCAAAAUGCUCUUAUAUCAGAAUUACUGUUAAUGUCUCAAUGUUCUCAAAAGAAAGCAAAUGCUAUCAAAGAAGCAAGGCCAUUUGAAGAUUGGAGAGACUUAGUUCAAAAGUUCCAGAACAAUAAAUAUCUAGAUACAGAGCUUUUGAAUUCAGCUCAGGAAUUGCUAGCUACCAGACAUGCAGUAGAAGCUCUCAUGAAAAAAUGCCUCCGUUUGUCUACAAAUAUUGAAAGAGCUGUGGCUGCAAGAGCAUCGGCUAUCACAAGUCAACCCAAGAGAUUAUCCUCAAAUUUAAAAUUAGCUCCAUAUCAGAUGGUUGGAUUAAAUUGGCUUGCUGUGAUGCACACUCAAAAUGUUAACGGUAUACUUGCGGAUGAAAUGGGUUUGGGAAAAACAGUGCAAGUAAUAGCUUUUCUUACAUAUUUGAAAGAGGCUGGCCUCAGAGAUGAGAAAGAUGGACCACAUUUAAUCGUCGUUCCUAGUUCUACGAUGGAAAAUUGGAACAAUGAGUUGGAGAGAUGGUCGCCCGGUUUGAAAGUUGUACAAUAUUAUGGUUCUCAGGAAGAACGAAAAGAGAUGAGAUUAGGUUGGCGAAAUGGUGAUUUGGAUGAUGUUGACGUAUUAUUAACUACAUAUAAUUUAAUUAGCAGUACACCGGAAGAACGAAGAUUGUUUCGUGUUAUGCCUAUUCAUUAUGUUGUUUUCGAUGAAGCUCAUAUGUUGAAGAAUAUGGGUACUAUCAGAUACGAAAACCUAGUUAGAAUUAAUGCUAAACAUCGAAUUUUGUUAACGGGUACCCCUUUGCAAAACAAUUUAUUGGAAUUGAUGUCGCUUUUAAUAUUUGUGAUGCCUUCACUGUUUGCUGGCAAACAAGCUGAUCUGAAGAGUUUAUUUUCAAAGAAUCCCAAAGUUCCAUCAGUUAAGAAAAAUAGUGAACAGCCAUUGUUUGAACAAGAACAAGUGAAAAAUGCGAAGCAAAUCAUGAGACCGUUUGUGCUUCGCCGAUUGAAAGCCGAAGUCCUUCGAGAUUUACCAGAAAAAACCGAGCGCGUGAUUAAGUGUCCAAUGAUAGAGAAGCAGCGAAAGAUGUAUACUAAUUUAGUUGCUGAAUUUUCAGCUGAGGCUGAUCAAAGCACUGAGGUUAAUGGUAUUGGAAUGAUGAUGCAGCUGAGAAAAUUAGCUAAUCAUCCUCUUUUAGUACGAGACUAUUACAACGAGUCCAAAUUAAAAGUAAUAUCAAAUAGAUUAGCAAAGGAACAUUCAUAUAAGCAGAAAAACCCAGAUUACGUAUUUGAAGAUUUACAGUGGAUGUCAGAUUAUCAAAUAAAUCAAUUAACAAGAACGUACAAAAGCUUAGCUGGAUUGGGCUUACCUCAAGAACUAAUUUCAGAAGCUGGAAAGUUAAAGAUAUUGGACGAGUUACUACCAAAGCUGAAGGAAGAAGGGCACCGAGUAUUAAUUUUCAGUCAGUUCACCAUGAUAUUAGAUAUUUUAGAAGAAUAUUUAACUAUUAGAGGACGAACGUACUUAAGAUUAGAUGGAAGCACACCAGUAACAGAUAGACAGUAUUUAAUAAAUCAGUAUAUGGAGGAUGAAAGUAUAUUCAUAUUUUUACUAUCUACGAAAGCUGGAGGCUUGGGGAUCAAUUUAACUGCUGCUGAUACUGUUAUAAUUCACGAUAUUGACUUUAAUCCUUAUAAUGAUAAGCAAGCAGAGGAUCGCUGUCAUAGAGUAGGUCAGAAAAGACCAGUUAGUAUAAUUAGAUUAUUAAGCGAAGCUACUAUAGAAGAAGGCAUAUACGAAAUAGCUCAGGAUAAAUUACAUCUUGAACAACAGAUUACUGGUGAAGAAGAGAAUGAAAGCACGGACAAAAAAAGUGUAUUAAAGUUACUUAAGAUGACGUUAGGGCUGGAUCACAAUAAAUCGUUAUCGCUGUCUCCAAUGAAGAAUGGGAGAACAAGUAAUGGGUUAUUGGAUAAUGAAGAAAAUUGUCAUAUAGAAUUUUAAAGAUAAUCUUUUGUUUGAACCUAUUUUGUAUUAGCAGAAAAUUUAACAUCAUUUUUAUAUACAUGAUAUGUCUUUGUGAUUGCACAGAGGAUAGAAAGAAAAAAAAACAGAUAAAAAAGGAAAUUAAAAGUCAGUCUUGCAGUUAUGUAUCGUACGUAUUUCUUAAAUUUAAUUAUUGCACAUUUGAAUAUGCACACAUGAUUUUGAGUGACGUUAUUUGUAAAUUGUGAAACCUUAUUGGUACAUCGCAUAUGCGCUGUAUUAUUCUUCUAUUUAUAUGAGCAUAUACGUAUUUAGAUUCAUUCGUGACUUUUACAUAUUUUGUCUGAUAUGUUUUGAUAUUUAAUGGUAUAUUUUGUGCGUAAACUUUAAGAGAAUCGUUAAGACUGCACAAUAUUUACUAAUAACACAAGUUGAUGGUGAAUAGCCGAAGAAAAUGAAUAAAAGAGAAGUUGAUGUAAGAAAAAGGGGAUACAAUGUAAACAGUGUCAGACUAAUUGAUAUUACUGUACACACAUUCCUGAAUGAAGAACUUGAUCUUUGUACAAAAUCAUUAAAGAUAUUAUACACCUUU